ACGUGGGCUAGCAAGCCAUGACGAUGUGGAUAAGAAAUGCUAUUUGCCCAUUUUGCAAAAGGCUAAUAGAUCAGACCAAAAGUCGGCACAUAAACAGGUUUCGUGCAAACGUUCACAGAGAGGUUUUUCAGAGGAGAAGAUACUCGACUAAAAAGAUCGAGUACGAUUUGUCUGAUUUCUCUGUUGACCGGGUGAGAAACUUCAGUAUAAUAGCCCAUGUAGAUCACGGCAAAAGUACUCUGGCAGACAGGAUUCUAGAGCUGACAGGUGUGAUCCCAUCAGAUGUGGGUAAUGCACAGGUGUUAGAUCGUUUACAGGUAGAGAGGGAGAGGGGCAUCACAGUCAAAGCUCAGACUGCUUCACUGUUCUAUGAGCAUCAAGGGACAACAUACCUCCUUAAUUUAAUUGACACCCCUGGCCAUGUAGAUUUUAACUAUGAGGUAUCGCGGUCGCUCUCUGCAUGUCAAGGUGUUAUUUUGUUGGUGGAUGCCAAUCAGGGUGUACAGGCACAGACUGUAGCCAACUUCUUCUUAGCAUUUGAACAGGAACUGGAGAUAAUUCCUGUUAACAAGAUAGACCUUAAACAUGCCAAGCCAGAAGUGGUGAUCAGUCAGCUGGGGAACCUGUUUGAUAUACAGCCAGAACAGGUUUUGAAGGUGUCUGCUAAACAUGGAACUGGUGUAAAGGAAGUCCUGGAUGCUGUUGUUGAAAGGCUCCCAGCGCCCCAGGGGGACAGAAAUAAACCACUGAAGAGCCUAGUCUUUGAUUCCUGGUAUGACCAGUUCAGAGGUGCAGUGGCUGACAUUGCUGUACUAGAUGGAGUGUUGCGAAAAGGUGAGAAGAUAACAUCAGCGUACACUCAGAAGAGUUAUGGGAUCCAGGAAGUCGGGAUUAAAUACCCCACUGAGACCCCCACUGAUGCCCUGUAUGCGGGCCAGGUGGGAUACAUCAUAGCGGGCAUGAAAAAAACCAAUGAGGCUCAGAUAGGGGAUACAAUUCAUCAUCAGGGUUGUCCAGUGGAGGCUCUGCCAGGGUUCAAACCUGCCAAGCCUAUGGUGUUUGCUGGCAUUUUUCCAUCUGACCAGUCAGAGUACAAUAAUUUGCGCUCAGCCCUGGACCGCUUGACUCUAAAUGACUCCAGUGUUAGUGUGCAUCCAGACAGCAGUGCGGCCCUUGGACAAGGCUGGAGGUUGGGAUUCCUGGGUCUACUACACAUGGAUGUUUUCACACAGAGGCUGGAACAAGAGCACAAUGCAUCGCUCAUAGUUACCUCCCCUAAUGUGCCUUAUAAAGUCAAAAUGAAUGGUCCCAAAAACAUAAAGAAAUAUGGUGGGGAAGAAGUCACAGUAUUAAAUCCUUGCCAUUUGCCGCCGGUGUCGACAGUGUCUGAGUAUAUGGAGCCUAUGGUACUGGGGACCAUUAUCACACCUGAUGAUUACCUGAGCCAAGUGAUUAAUUUGAGUCUGGAAUGUAGGGGAGAGCAGAAGGACCAAACAUACAUUGACAACAGCAGAAUUAUGUUCAAGUUCAUCCUGCCAUUGAAUGAAAUCCUUGUGAACUUCUUUGAUGACCUGAAGUCAGUAACAUCUGGCUAUGCAAGCUUUGAUUAUGAAAAUUAUGGAUACAGAGUUUCAGAUCUUGUUAAGAUUACAGUCCUGAUCAAUGGCAAUGAAGUGGAUGAGUUGACAACAAUAGCACAUGUCAGCAGAGCAAGAACUCUGGGUAAACAGAUCUGUGCCCGACUGAAGGAGACCAUUCCCCGCCAGAUGUUCAACAUAGCACUACAGGCGUCUGUCGGUGCUAAGAUAAUUGCUAGGGAGGAUAUUCGGGCGCUGAAGAAAGAUGUCUUAGCAAAAUGUUAUGGUGGAGAUAUCACAAGGAAAAUGAAAUUGUUGCGACGGCAGGCCGAAGGAAAGAAAACGAAUGCGAUCUGUCGGAAACGUUCAAAUCCUAAGGAUGCAUUCAUCAAAGUUUUACGAAAAUGAGAGUACAGUUUUAAUUUAUAGUCUAUUCCUCUGGUUUGAAUUUGUAAAUAAAAUGUAUAAAAUUGUCA